AAACUUAGUUUCCAGAAUAAAGUGCAAUGGAGGGCAGUAACCAGGAAUGUUGAUUAAAAGACAAAUUAAGUUUAAUUAAACACACCAAACAUGUCGAGACUUCUUCUGAAUUUCCUUAUAUAAACAAAUAACGAUUAGCUUCAACUCAGUAUGGAAACCAAACCAGUUGUUACAUGUUAUGGAGAUUCUUCCCUAUUCUCUGGGUUACAAGCACACAUCAACCGAGGACUGCCCAAGGAAGCUACAGAAUGGAAAAGAUCCUAUGGGAGAUCAUCAAAGUUUGUGUGUCUUGAUGCCAGUUUUGUUCCCUAUGAUGACGAUAUUCUACCAACAGAAAAUGAUAAAUCACUUAUUAGCCGACCAUUCUUCCACAUAUAUUGGACUGAAUGUGAUGUGGACAACUACAAGCAGUCAGUACGAGAAGAUAUAACUGAAUGGCAUACUGCAUUGAAGAAGAACAAUAUACCUGACUGGUUAAUAGUUGUUGUUGUCAGUGAUGAAAGUAAAGUAAAGGCUAAGCUUUUGCCUCGAUCAUCAGUUAUUGACAGAGUGAAAAGUGAUUUCUGUGGGAAGCAGGUUGAUAGAUGCAUUGUUUUGACGGAACCUCACAAGGGUGACCAAAGGUGUAUGGAUUCCUGGAAUAACUUCUACCAACGUCUUCGGCAGUUAUUGCUACAAUCUUUCAACAGGCACCUAAGUAAAUAUGAAGAAAACAUGAGAUCUUUGAGGGAAAGACGGAAUGAACAGAAAUGGAGCUUCUCUGAGUAUUUUUUAGUUCAGGAAGAACUGGCUUUUAUGUUUGAAAUGCUUGGAGUCUAUGAUGACAGUCUUCUGCAAUAUGAUGAGUUAGAUGCUUUGUUUACACAAUUUUUGCUAAAUCAUGCCGCUGGAGAAACUGUGGAUUGGUUGACUCCAUUCAUUGAGCCAUGUACAAAAUGGGCUGGAAUAUCACUAAGUAAAGCUCUCAACUGGGACAAAAGAGAUUUAAUCAAAAUGAAUAAAGCAAGUCUUUUAGAAUUCCGCAAUUAUCUUUUUUCUCGACAAUGUGCUUUACUGUCUCUACUGAAUCGUCCAUGGGAAAUAGCAGAGAGAGCUGUUGCCUAUCUCCACAAUACUGUACAAGAAAUGAAAACUUUAGAGAUUGAAAUGCCAGAAGGUUCCCUUGCAUGUUGGGUGUUUCUUAGUUGUCUUGAGGUGCUACAUACCAGUGACAAACUCAACAAUUCUACUGAAAAACUUAAUAGCCAUUCCCUGUAUACUGCUAGUCUAUGGGAUUAUGCUCGAAAAAAAUUAAAAGAACUUGGUGUGUUGUGUGGUUUGAUGCCAGAGGUUUCAUCUAAUCCAACUUCUGAACAACUCAAUAAAGUGGUGGACCUUCUGUUUGGGAUGGGAAUCAAUGAGGAAGAAGCAUCUACUACAGGAUCUCCUCGACCUAUUGAUAGACUCCGUGAAGCUCUAUCGUCAAGGCAGUCCUUUCAGCGACACUACUUGGAUCUCUCUGAACUGGCUAUGGGAACCUACAAACAUAUAGGUAGAAUGCGGUCUGCCAGGAUCAUAGGCCAGGAUGUUGCCGAAUUUUACAUGAAACAAGAAAGCCCCCAGAAAGCAGAAGGAUUUCUCUUGGAUGCCAUGAAAAUGUAUAAACAGGAAGGCUGGGAUAUUCUUAGUGACGGUAUUGCAGUACUUCUUGCUCAAUGUCAGAAGAAACUCAGUAAUCCUCUUAAAUAUGCCAAAACUGCCUGCUACAUUGUGUGUAGUAAAAAUCUUUCACAUUCCGAACGUUGUUACUAUUUGGAUGAAUUGAUCCAACUUAGCAGAAGUGAUGACGGUAACUCACUCUAUAUUCAGACCAAUCCAGCAUUUUCCGUCGAUAACAUUGUCCUUAAUACUCCAGUUGCCACAUUCCAGGAUGAGAUGAGUAUAGAACUGGAAAUUUUCAGUAACUUGCCAAGAGAAGUGUCCAUCAGCCAGAUAUCUCUCGGUUUCUCACAUGAGGCCAGUGAAGGGAGUCAGAAGCGUAGUCUUUCCAGACAGCCUAGCUUAUAUGGAACUGUAGAUGAACCUGUAAUGAAUUUCCAAACUAUUAGACCUCAGUUGCCUUCCAAAAUCAAUGUUGUAUCAGCUACUGAUGUAAAACAAGAGAAAUUGCAAUCAAGCAGCAUUAUAUGUACUAAUACCAAUGAACUUUUGAAACGAGCUGAUAGUAUCCAAGGCCCUGUUUCUGAUUCAAUUUAUAAACUGAACUACAAACUCAGUUUAACUGCCAAAGAUGUAUUAAUAAAACCUGGUGUUAAUCUAGUCACAGUAAAGAGUCAAGUUGAUAGCUGUAAACGAGGAUUAUACAAGCUUGGUCAACUAUGUAUUGAAGUGGGUCAGUUGGAAUUCAUUCGCCACAACAUGGCUAAUAACAUUUUUGUAGAAAUAGUCUGCCAACAGCCUUUCUUUGAAGUAAACCCAAGUGCUAAGAUUGGUGAGCUGAUAUCUGGUAUAAAGCAAGAUGUGGAAUUAACUUUAAAUACCUGUAGUAUUCCUGUAACUGAAGGUAGUAUUUUGAGUGUGAAUACAUCCUCAGGUCUAUCAGCAUUUUACAACGAUGAGAGUGAUGUGAAAAUUCCCCUAGAAGCUGUCUCAGUAAAUAGUAGUGUCACAAUGAACUUACAACUCCAGCAUAUUCUUACCAAGGACCCUGCUGAAGCAACUUUAACAUUUGAAAGUUCAUUCUUGCACUACCCCAUUAGCUGCCAUGUGACAUUCUAUCCACCUUUGCAGUUUUCUCAUAAAGUCUUCUCCUGUCAAGAGAGGAAAUAUAUACAGGUUGAAGUAAAAGGUAACCACCAAACUCCGUUUUCUUUAACCAAACCUCAUUUGAAGACUGUUGAUAACAAUGAUGUGGAUUUUACAUAUCUUGGACAUUUUGAUAAAUGGCAGGAAGUUCAUAAUGACCAGUCUAUAUGUUAUAUGUGGCAACUUCGAAGUAAUGCUGUCCCAGGACCAUCCUCUCUUGACCUUAUUUUUUCUGUCACCUACCGAUCAUCUAUGGAUGAAGACAGCUUAUGUAGAUUAUCUGUAUACAACAUCCAUUUAGAAAAUAUACAGACACUGUAUAUGAUAACAUCUAAUAUAAUCCCUGGGAACGAUAAUAAAACUUGUAAAGUUGGAAAUGUGUGUCAUUUAGACUUUAGUGUGAUCAACAUUGACACAAGUAAUACGUCAUCAGAAAGUCAAUUACUCUAUGAAGUUGUUGUUGACCACUUGAUGUGGGCAGUGUGUGGAAGAGUUACAGGGAUUGUGACCUUAACUAAUUCAAAAUUUGAUACACAACUACAAAUUAUCCCACUAAUGGCAGGAUUUCUCCCUUUCCCUCUCAUUACUCUGGCUAAAUACAAACCCAAAACAGAUUCUUCAGAAGACAGUGAAAAUGAUCCAUCUUGCGACUUUUACAAAGAACAUUUUAAAAGUGAGCAGGUGCACAACAGCAGCCUAGGCAAACAAAUACACAUAUAUUCUGAGCAAAGCAGUGGUAACUUAGAAACAAUGAUGGUUUACUGAAAACAUUGGUUCACAAGCAAAGAGAGAAGUUCUAACCAAUUAAAACUAUUUUGUUCGAUAUCCUCCCACUCCUUUCCUAACAUGGAUUGCUAAUGUUGUUACAUAUGUUUUCUCCACUGCCUUCCUUGCUAACACAGACUGGCUGGAUCUACAACAAGCAUAUGCAGAAAUCUUCACAGUGACAAUUGAAUUUCCUUCCUUAUAUCUUGUCCGCUGGCCAGUGGUUACUAAAUUCACUGAGUGGUCUUACUCAAAAGCACAAUAUAUGUCAUAAUACUACAUUUUUUAAGUACAAAUUUAAACACUCUCAAAAAAAAAAUUAAAAUAGACUCAAGGUAAAUUAGAUAAUCUCAAAGCAAUUUAAAAUGUUCUGAAAACAACUUAAAAUAAUUUCACUACAGAUAAAAUAGAUAUUUAGAUAAAAUAUAAUAAAUGUCUGUUUUGAAGCAUUUGACUGAUUCAUUUCAAACCUGGAUUCAUUUCACUGUUUACUUAGGCCUAUAGUGCUGUCUUUACUUAUAGUGACAAAAGUCAGCCUCAAAGCAAUGAUAGCUUGUUUCAAAUUACAUGUUUUAGGUUUCACUCUUAGUGAAAUUCCAGUACAAGUACCAAUAGUUUGAAGCAGAGAAGCAAAUGGAGAUCACACAAAAAGACUACACUUAAAACUCAUCUGUGUACUGUUUCCCACUGAAUGAAAAGAUUGGGAAUCCUUUGUUGCCACACAUAGUAUUAAGAAGACAAUAGAGUAUAUAAAUAUUGUGCAGAUAUCCAUGACAAAGUCAAGAAAAUAAAGCAUGAACAUUUUAAGUCACUUGUUGAUUGGUUAAAUGAAUGCCCACAAUUCACAUUGAAAAAUCUUUGCAAAUAUUUACUUUCAAUGUUUGAAUAAACUGUGUCACAAUAAACUAUAGCAAGACAUCUUGAUGGAAGAUUUCAUUGAAGAAUGUCUUUAUUCAUAAGCAUACAAAAGAAAUUUUGAUAAUUGUUCAAGAAGUGUUGCCAGUUAAAAUUAAACAGUAAUUUAUUACUCAUUAGAUAAAUGUAUAAAACUAUAUAUAGUUUGAUUACUUAAUUAGAAAAAGAGAUUUAAUUUGCUUUGAUAUUAUUUCAAUUUGCAUUGAGUUCAUUUUUAUGCUUUGAGGUAUUUUGAUUUUUACUUGAAAAAUGUAGAUUGUUUUCAGUGUUCAUGUAGAUGUUUUAGUCAUUUCAAACAAAAAACAAUAUGCAAAUUAGCACAGCAUUAUGUGGCCAAAUCUAUUUAUUCUAUGUAGCUAUUGUCUAUUUACUUUCAGCAUCAGAAUUACACAAGCUGUGAUGAGGUUUUGAAGAAGUGUGCAAAGAGUUUGAUAUUCGUGUCAUACUGCCAAGAAGUUGCAGUAUAUUCCCUGAGUUUCAUUCCAUAGCAACAAACACAUCUAUAGGUUUUGGUUGUGUUACUGAAACAUACAAAAAUGCUCAGUACAUCAUUGUUAGAAAUGUGUAGAGUCAUAUAUAUAUAUAUGUGUGUGUGUUUACAAAUUAACAAUAUGUAGUCUAAAACAUAACUAUACUUCAGUAUAGUAGAUUUAACUUCCAUGCUGAGUUGCUAUUAAUAAAAUUAGUCACCAUAACCUGCAGCUCAGGAGUUGGUCAACAUACAAUUGUUUCUUAAAUAAGCUUUGUAACUGAUAACUGGAAGAAAGCAAAUGAAAUAUAAAGCCACUAAAGAAAUUCUACUCAAAUGAAAAUCAAUCAUACAUACAUGUAUGUGUGUAUGUAUGUAUGUAUAUAUGUGUGUACACACAUAUAUAUAUAUAUAUAUAUAUAUAUACACACACAUGUAUACAUACACAUAUCUGUGCAUACACACACACACACACACACAUAUAUAUAUAUAUAUAUAUAUAUAUAUAUAUACAUAUACACACACACACACUGUAUUUGAUGGUAUAAAUGAUGCAGAGGCAUAUUAGAUGCACUUCAAUUUCAGAAGUGCAAAUCCAGAAAAAAAUAUUUUUAGGGUAUUAAAGCUUAUGGGAGGCCCAACUUUGCAUAUAUGGCCCUGGGUGAUUAUUUUUUUUUGAAAAAAAAGUGCACCAUGUGUGUAUACUUAACAUAAAUAUAUUUUUGUAUAUACAUGUGUAUAUAUAUAUAUAUACAUAUAUACAUACAUGUAUGUGUAUGGAUAUAUAUAUAUAUAUAUAUAUAUAUAUAUAUAUAUAUAUAUAUAUAUAUAUGUAGCUAUGUAUACAUAUGUACAUACAUACACACGACUACAUGUGUGUGUGUAUAUAUAUAUAUAUAUAUAUAUAUACACAUACACACUCAGAAGAAAAGAAAAAGGUUCUACUUUGACUGUAUGAAUUAACGAUUCACAAUCAAGUGAAAAAAAUUUUAUUUUUUAGAAUUAUGGAGUUGGUUAUGAAUUGACUCAAAAGGGAAAAUAAUUUAUAAAGAAAGAUGUAUUAUGUUAAAGAUUUUUGUUUGUUUAAAAAAUGUUGAAUUUUAAUUUAUAAGAAUGUAUCAAAUAUUCAUUUAUAUUGUUUCCUUUUUUGUUUUUGUUUCAUAAUUUCAUCAGACAAUAUACAUCCAUGUUAUUACUAUAGAUGUUUUGCUGAUAGCAUCCCCCCUCCUGCCAAUCAAAGUAAUGUUACUACUCAAAUAAAUUUAUCCAGAUUCAUAUGUAUAACAUCAUGCUUGCUGUAGAAUUUGAAUGCUUACUUUACGAACCGAAAUCUGGCUACAGUAACAGUACUUAUUUAGUAAUGCCUUAUAUUAUAUUUUAUUACCAAAAAGUCAAUUCUGAAUCUCUAGUAAAUGUCUGUUGUUGACUAUACACCCAGCUAAUAAAGGCGGGUAAGUUUUAUUAAUAUAUAUUUUUAAGAUUUAAUCAUUAUGAGGAAGUUCUCAUGAUUGUCUUUCCUCUGUUGUUGGUCAGACUAAUAUGGUUUAUUUACCUUGAUGAUGUCUGCAGAAACACCAGAAGGUUGCUAUUCUGGGAAGAAAGAAUAGGGUUAAAAAAAAAAAAAAAGUGAACGAUACUGGUCUCAGUGAAAUAGUAUUUGAUAUACCGGUAUUUGAUUCAGUCGUAACUGAAUGAAUGGCAAAGACUCACUAGCAUAGUGCAACCUCUAGCCGACAAACAUGCAGUCUCCUUACUCUGCCUUUAUUCUUUCUUCUGUUGUAACUUCUACUGUAUCUCACUGCCAAGCCCCCUACCACCAUCACUCUUUUAGUCCAUUCUUCCUUCCUUUCCAGAAUGACAGCCUGUAAUUUCAGCAGACAUCAUCUCAGUUAUUCAAAGUAAACAAACUAUAUCAGUUCAAUGCCUUGGUUUUGUAUAUGGACCAGGAUGGCUUUGUGCACAGCCACAGCAUUGUCACAUAUGUGGAAGCUGUGCUCUUGUGGGUCUCAUAGUAUCAGCCAGUAUUGGGGGUGGAAAUAUUUUCUGGCACUGAACAGGAAAAUCAGUCUUUGAGAUGUUUUAUCAGCGUUUAGAAUGUGCUUUCGUCAAGAGAGAUCCUCAUUGAUAAUGAGGUCCUGCAUUUGGAGCAACCAUGACUGGGUGAGAUUCACAUUGUAGGCCUUGCUUUUUCACUUGAUCAGCUGCAGUGUAACUAUGAAUAAACCACUUGGAGGACUUAGGGUUUUGAGUUUUUGUUGUGUAUGGCAUAUGGAGAAACAUGUUUAAAAGAAUGGCUUCAGUAACUCAGCUGUUUUCUGUGGGUCAGGAAUAACUGGAAAAGCUCUAACUCCUUGACUGACUUGAAGUGCCAGAGUGUUUGGAGUAGGUGAAGAGGUACUUUGUAGUAUAUGAUUGCAUGUUGGACAUUUACAAGGAAGCAGUGAUCAAAUGACUUGAUGGGUGUAGUCAGUCAGGAUUUGGCAGAGGUUAAGCUUUGAAGUAAAAAAAUUACAAUGAGUAUUUGAAUGGAGGUGGAAGUACGACUGUAUACUUAAAAAAUGUUUCACCACUUUUAUAAUUUUUCCACCUCUGUUACUUUGAUUUACAACAUGCCUCUUGAUUUCCAGUUCAAUAAUGUCAUACUUCUUGUUCUCACACCACUGGCUCCGCCGUUAUUGCCUGUUAUGUGUUGGAGUGAUUGGAUAAAACUUCCAACUGACAUUGUAAUGUCACAGGGUGACAAUAAUUGUCUUUACAGAAUGAAAAUGAGUCGCUAAUGUCAUUUAUUGUGCAAUGGCUGAACUUCUGAACAGGCAUGGCAUUCAAAAUGUGAAUUCACAUGCAGGGUUGUUAGUAAGUUAGGGAAUAUCAUACUGUAAGAAUGACAGAGAGGGAAAAUAACCAGGGUUGCCUCCAACCAGAAAACUUAAUGGAAAAGUGGGCUUUAGCUUAUAUAAUACAGCAAAUCAAAAUAGUUCUGAGGAUAAUCAUGUAAAAUGACUAAUUCUAGAAAGGAAAAAAAUAAAAAGCAAGGGAGACAAUCCCAAAAUUUUAUAAAUCACUUAGAAUAAUUUAUAAUAGCCUUUUUGCCUUAAAUUUUGUAUGUUUUCAAAGACAAAAAUUAUACUGACAUUCUAACAUCGAUUUUUUUUUCUCUUUCUGAAAAUGUUUGCAUGUUACAAAUGUGUCAUAGUGUAACCAGGAAGACAUUUUAGAGGGAAGUGUAAAUGCUAUUGUGACAGUCAUGCCUUUCUAAGCAGCUACAUUUUAAGGAACAUUAAGAUAGUGAUGAUUUCCAACAUAAACGAUGCAAAUACUAUAAAGCAUCAUUAUUGUAUUUGCUUUUUUCAUGCUAGCAUGAGUUGGAUAAGAUUUAUUGAGGUAGUAUAUAUGCCCUUCCUGAUGUCAACUCUCACCUGUUUUUAAGUAAGGCAUUUUCAUUUCAUGUCACAACCACCAUUCUACAGAACAUAUUGUUUACAGGAAACAUCAGUCACCCAAACACAGUGUCUCUGCAAAGAGCAAAAUAAACAAUCAUGCACAUA